CACUGAAGAUAGAAUGAAGUAAGUACCAUGGAAGGGGCAUAUGUACCAUGCUGGGGAGGACAGAAGAAGGAGCCCUUAGUCCUGGUGGAGGGCUUUGUAAGACUUUGUGGGAAAGGAAGAACCUGGUAAACUAGGCUCACAAAGACCAAGAGAUUGUCAGUAAGUGGAAGGUGUUGGGAAAAGGGAACAGCAGAGGUGUGCCCCUUCCUGCUCCUGGAUAUUUCCCUUGUCUGUCCAAACCUCCCUUCUUUACUUCUUCCCACUCACCUCCCCUCUCCCAUGCCCACCCCCACCAAUCUAAAUUAUGCUUUGCUCGAUCCUGCCUGCUCCAGAAAUGUUUCCAAUAGACAGCUCUAUUAUUUCUAAACUCUAUAAGAGCUAUUGUCUUUUCCAUAUGCUUAACUAUAUUUUGUCUUGUUCUCUUAAAUGUUGUCUUGAUACCAUAAGAAAAUAGAGAAACUAGGUUUACGUUCAAAGACUGUCAUGUAACAUUUCUUUUGAAUUCUCACUGACCUAGGUCAGUGACUGUACAUGGUAGAUUCCUAGUAAAGUAUUAACUGAAUUGGGUGAUUUUUGAAUUAUAGUACUGAGUCAUGCAUGAGUUGCCUAGCAAACCAACUCUGUCUUUUACCCUCUUCCCGAAAGGUUUCUCAACCAGACUUGUCAAGGCUUAGCCUGUCUGAGUGAGAUCUGCUCUGUCUUACUCAAAUAUGGCAUGGGCCAUGUGCAUGAUGUGGAAAGCACUCUAGAGUAGUUGUUAUAUACACAGGUGUUUUUGAGGAAAAAAAUCACAAUCUGUACGUGAGAAAGGACAUGAGGAGACUAAAGACCUGGGAUUUUGCCGAUCAGAAUGAAACCAAUGUUGAAAGACUUUUCAAAUCUAUUGUUGGUGGUGCUCUGUGACUAUGUUCUUGGAGAAGCUGAAUAUCUCCUCUUGAGAGAGCCAGGCCAUGUAGCACUAAGCAACGACACAGUGUAUGUGGAUUUCCAGUAUUUUGAUGGUGCUAAUGGGACACUGAGGAAUGUAUCUGUCCUGCUGUUGGAGGCCAACACCAAUCAGACUGUAACUGCCAAAUACCUCUUGACCAACCAGUCCCAGGGAACACUCAAGUUUGAGUGCUUCUAUUUCAAGGAGGCUGGUGACUACUGGUUCACAAUGAUUCCAGAAGCAACAGACAACAGCACUCCAUUCCCCUGGUGGGAGAAAAGUGCCUUUCUGAAGGUGGAAUGGCCGGUCUUUCACGUUGACUUGAAUAGGAGUGCCAAGGCAGCAGAAGGCACCUUCCAAGUGGGCCUAUUUACCAGUCAACCACUGUGCCCAUUUCCUGUGGACAAGCCCGACAUUGUAGUGGAUGUCAUCUUCACCAACAGUCUUCCUGAGGCAAGAAGAAAUUCAGGACAGCCACUGGAAAUAAGAACCAGCAAAAGGGCACAACUUGCUCAAGGUCAGUGGGUUGAGUUUGGCUGUGCACCCGUGGGGCCAGAAGCAUAUGUCACCGUGGUGCUGAAGCUGCUUGGGCGAGACUCAGUCAUUACCUCCACAGGACCCAUUGACCUGGCCCAGAAAUUUGGAUACAAACUGGUGAUGGUGCCAGAACUCACAUGUGAGUCCGGGGUAGAGGUGAUGGUGCUGCCUCCACCAUGCACCUUCGUCCAAGGAGUGGUCACUGUCUUCAAGGAGGCACCCAGAUCCCCUGGGAAGAGGAUCAUUCACUUGGCUGAAAACAGCCUGCCCUUGGGAGAGAGGAGGACAAUUUUUAACUGUACUUUGUUUGACAUGGGGAAGAAUAAGUACUGCUUUGACUUUGGCAUUUCAAGCAGAAGCCAUUUUUCUGCAAAGGAGAAGGAGUGCAUGCUGAUUCGGAGAAAUUUAGAAACUUGGGGAGUGUGGCAGCCGUGGAGCCAGUGUAGUGCCACAUGUGGGGAUGGUGUCAGAGAGCGUCGCCGAGUGUGUCUCACUUCCUUCCCCUCCAGACCCGGCUGCCCUGGAAUGUCCUUGGAGACCUCCCUGUGUUCCCUGGAGGAGUGUGCUGCUUUCCAGCCAUCCAGCCCAUCUCCUCUUCAGCCCCAGGGUCCAGUGAAGUCCAAAAACAUCGUGACUGUCACUGGUAUAUCCUUGUGCUUGUUCAUCAUCAUUGCCACCGUGCUCAUCACUCUGUGGAGGAGGUUCGGCCGCCCUCCCAAGUGCAGCACCCCUGCUCGACACAACUCCAUCCACUCCCCCGGCUUCCGGAAGAACUCGGACGAGGAGAAUAUCUGUGAGCUGAGCGAGCAGCGUGGGAGCUUCUCAGAUGGGGGAGACGGGCCCACAGGGAGUCCAGGGGACACGGGCAUCCCUCUGACCUACAGACGGAGCGGGCCAGUGCCUCCCGAGGACGAUGUCUCUGGCAGCGAGAGCUUCCAGUCCAACGCCCAGAAGAUAAUCCCACCUCUGUUCAGCUACCGCCUUGCCCAGCAGCAAUUAAAGGAGAUGAAAAAGAAAGGUCUGACGGAAACCACCAAAGUGUAUCACGUGUCUCAGAGUCCCCUGACAGACACCGCCAUUGAUGCGGCUGCCAGCCCUCCCUUAGAUUUGGAAAGCCCGGAAGAAGCUGCAGCAAACAAGUUCCGGAUCAAAUCCCCAUUUCCGGAGCAGCCUGCCGUCAGCGCCGGGGAAAGGCCUCCCUCCAGACUGGAUUUAAGUGUGACUCAGGCCAGUUGUGCCAUAAGCCCCAGCCAGACUCUCAUUCGCAAGUCACAGGCAAGGCACGUGGGCAGCAGAGGGGGCCCAUCCGAGAGGAGCCAUGCCAGGAACGCCCAUUUCAGGAGGACAGCGAGUUUCCAUGAAGCCAGGCAGGCCCGGCCGUUCCGAGAGAGGAGCAUGUCCACUCUGACUCCACGGCAGGCCCCCGCCUACAGCUCUAGGACGCGGACCGGGGAGCAGGCAGAGGACAGAUUUAGGCCUCAGAGUCGAGGCGCCCACCUGUUUCCUGAAAAACCGGAGCAUUUCCAGGGGGCAAGUGGAACCUGUGGUCCAUUAAACCCUCUCCCUAAAUCCUACACUUUGGGGCAGCCCUUGAGGAAACCAGACCUUGGGGAUCGCCAGGCAGGAUUAGUGGCAGGAAUUGAGAGAACAGAGCCCCACAGAGCUCGUAGGGGACCGUCCCCCAGUCACAAGAGUGUCUCAAGGAAGCAGUCUUCUCCCACAUCCCCCAAAGAUAGCUACCAGAGGGUCAGUCCUCUGAGCCCUUCUCAGUGUAGAAGAGACAAGUGUCAAAGCUUCCCCACUCACCCUGAGUUUGCCUUCUAUGACAAUACAUCAUUUGGCCUCACUGAGGCUGAGCAGAGGAUGCUGGACCUCCCAGGAUAUUUUGGGUCAAAUGAAGAGGACGAAACAACAAGUACACUUAGCAUGGAGAAGCUGGUGAUCUAGACUGAGAAUAAGCCUGAGCUUUACACAGCUGGGGUCUGCUACUCGUGUUUUGUAGACUUUUGUGUAACUAUUUGUACCAUGGGACAGAAUGUGAGGAGGAAGUAACACACACACAGGAGAAUGUGUGUGUAUGCAUGUGUUUGAAUUCACAAGAAAGAAAUUAUUUAUCUUGAGCUUUUUCCUUUGUUAUUCAAUUUCUAUGGAUUGAUUACUAAUAAUCAUAAUAAAAUAUAAACAAUUUUA